AUGAGAAUGGUCAGCUCAUCCAGACUAUCCAGGAAUACCAGAGCAAAGGGAAAGCUCAAGAAGUGA